GUGGCCGCGGCUCCGGGAAGCGCCGAGGGAGCGGGGUCGGGAAGGAAGGAAGGAGGAUGGCGAGCUGGGGUCGGGCGCUGCCGGUGCUCGCCGCGCUGCUCGUCCUGGCGCAGCUCUCCUGGGCGCCGGACCCGUAUGGAGAAGAGUGCAGGAGUAAAAUGUACCCUCCUUCUGGACCAACGUUCAAAGGGAAUAUACCCACAUAUGUCAUAAAUCUUGAUUUACCUCCCAGCAAAAGAUGGGAUAACUUGAUGCAGGACAAAAAGACAGAGCUGAAGACUGUGGUCCAGAAUAUUAAAGAUAUAGCAAAUACCUUCUUCCCCAGCGGCAAAGUUGUUGACAUAGUGGAUAACAAAAUAGCUCAUCUGACUGCCACACUUCCUUAUCCUUUCAAUGAAGAACUCCAAGGGAUUGCAAAUUCCUCUGGGAUUCCUUUGGGGGAAAUUGUUAUUUUUAACAUCUUUUAUGAAAUUUUUACUGUAUGUACAUCAAUAGUGGCGGAAGAUAAAACAGGGAAACUGUACCAUGCCAGAAACUUGGAUUUUGGACUCUUUCUAGGGUGGGAUGUUAAAAAUAACUCCUGGACUUUAACUCGGGAACUGAAGCCUUUAGUGGUACUCUUGGACUUCCAGAGGAACAACAAAACAGUAUUCAGGUCUACAAAUUUUGCAGGAUACAUAGGCAUGGUGUCUGGAGUCAAACCAAACUUGUUCACACUGACAAUGAAUGAGCGUUUCAGUCUUGAUGGUGGUUAUGUGGGAAUCUUCGAAUGGUUUCUUGGUAGAAGAGACGGUAUGUGGAUGGGCUUUCUUACAAGAACAGUAUUAGAGAAUGCUACAAGUUACCAGGAUGCAAAAGACAAACUGGCCAAAACAAGACUGCUGGCUCCAGCUUACUUUAUACUGGGUGGAAAAAAUUCUGGAGAAGGAUGUGUGAUAACUCGUUCCAGGACAGCUGCUCUGGAUAUCUGGGACCUUGAUAUCAAGAAAGGCACGUGGUAUGUGUUAGAAACAAACUACGAUCGCUGGAAGCCCCCACUAGUAUUGGAUAAUCGCAGAGGACCUGCAAUGAAAUGCCUGAACCACACAACACAAGAGAACCUCUCCUUACCAGCAAUUUAUGAUGUUCUCUCCACAAAGCCUGUCCUCAAUAAGCUGACUGUGUGCACAACGCUGAUGGAGGUGUAUAAUGGUCAUACAGAGACUUACCUGCGGGAAUGCCCAGAUCCCUGUAGUCCCUGGUAGUCCUGUACCUUUCCUAUGUUGGAAGCUGCUUGUCUGAAUAUUUCUGGAAAGAGAUUCGUCAGUCCAACUCCAUUCUUCAGAAAUCUAAUGGCUAUAUAGAAAUGUCAAUGAGCUUCUAACAACGAAGGACCCUUUUUCACAGCGGACUUCCUUGCUUUCUAACAGCAGUACUGCUGACAAGAAAUGUAUUCUAAUGAGUGUCUGGUGUGAUUUCAGCCAUUUCUGCCAAAUGAGUUCAGCAGCUAGCUCCAGAUCUCUUCAGUCUUGACAGUAUUCUUGUUUUGUUGUUGGUUGUGGGUUUGUUAAUUUUUGUUGUUUGGUUUGGUUUAUUUAGAUUAAAAUACUUCUAAAGCACAUAAGUUAAAAUGGCACCUACCAAGCAUGAAAAAGAAUUGGGUACAAGAAGACCAUCUGGGUCAAUACAGUUCUGUUAUUCUUUUGUAAGCACUUAAGAUGAAUUGCAUCUGGUCUAAUAUGAAGAUAUGUCUAAUAUGCCCUGUUAUAAAAUAACCUAGCAAGUAUCAUGUUUAGUCACAGAAACAAGGUCUUGGGGAAAUAUCUAAAAUGAGGUCUGAGCCAAAAAUGUCUUGCCACUGAUUUAAAGCUCUUUUGCUGAAGCUCUUUCUUGGCCUGU